CCCGGUGCCAGAUCACAGUGAGAGACGCGCUUAAAAUCAACUACACACACAGCAGCAAAAAGCCGAGUAAACGUUAAAGUCAGUUGACAUAGACCACAGCCUAGAGAGUAUAUGGCGGUGCCUGGUGAUGUCAGAGGAGGCCUGUCUGGGCUCCCCAAUAUGAAUGGAGAAGAGGAGGAGGAGGAAGAAUCACAUGAGGUGUUGCUGAGUGUGUUUGCCCAGCAUGGGCAGUUGGGGUUGUGUUUCUAUGACAGCAGAGACUUCACUCUGCACCACAUGCCUGACACCUCAGACAACCACGAGCUCCAACUGUUGGCCAGAGUGGUCCAGGAGGUGAGCCCUCAUGUGAUCAUUACCAGUGCUAAGCAGGAACGCUGCAUGGUCCAGUUCAUGCAGGGACUGGGAGCCAACCCAGACUACAGGCCUGAGGUGGUGACCUAUCCCUAUGUGGACUUUGGUCUGGAGGUCAGUAAGCAGAUGCUGUUGUCUGCCCAUUUUCCCUUCCUUCCUCCUGCUGUCUCAGAGAGAGAGAGAAUCUCCUACCUCUCCUCCUGCAUCUCCUUCGACUCCCCCCUCAUGCUGCGGUCAGUAGGUGCGUUGCUGAAGUGUCUGGACAGGAGGAGAGUGGGAGUGGAGCUAGAGGACAGCAGUGUGGGAGUCCCCAUCUUACAGUUCCACACCUACACACUGAAAGACGUAGUGUACGUGGACCAGGAUACUUACAGCGUGCUGCAGAUCUUCAAGUCGGAGCUGCACCCCUCUGUGUACAAGCUGCAGUCUGGGGAGAAGGAAGGGCUCAGUCUCUAUGGGAUACUGAAUCACUGCAGAUGCAAGUUUGGCUCCAAACUGCUUCGCCAGUGGUUUCUGAGGCCGACUCAUGACCUGGCGGUGUUGAACAGGAGACAGGAAGUUGUGAGAUUCUUCUCCUGUCCACGCAACUCUGACUCCCUAAACACUUUGCAGUCCUCCCUACGCAACAUCAGGAACAUCCCGACUCUCCUGCGUUCGAUGUCUCUGUCUCACACCAAAGUCUCUGACUGGCAGGGUCUCUACAAGACAGUGUAUAGUGCGGUGUGUAUCAGGGACACAGUGCGCUCCCUGCCUCAGUCCAUCCAACUCUUCCAGGAGAUCAGUGAGGGAUUCUCAGACGACCUUUACUACAUCGCCUCGCUCAUCAGCAGAGUGGUGGGACACACAGUACACACGUCAGGUGCAGCUCCCAUGUUCUGUAUCUCAAUGUGUUUCAUUCUCAUUUUAUUCUGUGAUUUGUGUCUUGUAUAGGUGGACUUUGAGGGCAGUUUAGCAGAAAACUGUUUCACUGUCAAACCCAAUGUGGACCCUGCUAUAGGCGAGAGUGAGUGUUCAUAACAUUAGGGAAUGAAGGUUAGAGUUAUGUUUGUUGAAGGUCAGAGUUAUGUUUGUUGAAGGUCAGAGUUAUGUUUGUUGAAGGUCAGAGUUAUGUUUGUUGAAGGUCAGAGUUAUGUUUGUUGAAGGUUAGGGUUAUGUUUGUUGAAGGUUAGGGUUAUGUUUGUUGAAGGUUAGGGUUAUGUUUGUUAAAGGUUAGGGUUCUGUUUGUUAAAGGUUAGGGUUAUGUUUGUUGAAGGUGUCGUGGAUAAUCGUUUCAAAAUAUAACACUUACAAGAACUUGUGAAUUCAAUAUAGGCUUUUAAUACAAAAUAUCAGAAGCCGGUAUGGUCCGCGGACAACACACACUUUCCCAGAGCUGGUUCUGUAUUUAUACACAUAUAGCAUAUGAGUCCAUCCUACAUGUAAAUUAAGUUACUUCCCUUAGGUCAUCUGCCACCAUUAUCUUUCAUUUCAGGCUUCCUGCUUGUUCAUGCCCAAUAACGCCUGUAUCCGCUCUUGAUUAGAUUACAAUGGACCCUCUCGUGUCCUAAAAUUAAUAUGUAUUAUGCCUAUAGUCCAUCUGUUGGUCAUUUGGCUGGCACCCUCCUUUGUGUGUCCCUCUGACCUCGGUAUGUCCAGCUAUCCUAUGCACUCAUGGCCUUGCUUUAGUUUCCUGUUCUCUACAAUAGACAAUGUACUUUAAGUGUCGCCUCUUCCUUUUUACCCUAAGCCUUUAUGCUUUUUAUGGCUUUGGCCAUUAUGUCUGUUAUGUCUUAGUUUCCUGUUUUUACCAGAAUGGCAAAUGCACUCACGUGUUGCCUUCUCCUCUUGUAGUCUAAUGUACACCUGUCUUUGCUCAAUAGUGUCAUAUCUGUCUCCAUAUGUCUAAGCACUUACUCCUACAAAUCCCUCCUCUUGAGGCUAAUUAGCCUCAAAAACUAAAAUAAAAUGACAUAUAGAGAGUGGAGGCCAAUACCAACAGUUGACAAAAACAGUAUCAAAAUAAAGCUUACAAAUCACCUGGACCAAACAUCUCCAAUACAUAAACACAGACAGGAGUAAAAUAUCCAAUUUGAAACAUAAAACACUUACAAAACCCAACUAGACCAAACAUCUCCAAACAAUAUCAUAGAUAGGAGUAAAAGAUCUAGUAUGUAAAAAAUAAAACAUUUAUAAUCAAUCAUUAUAUUGUGAAGAAGCAAUGAGCAUGUAGUAUGCCCACACAUCCAGAAACUAUCAGCUAUUCCUUAAUCCUGAUUCUUUAACAUUUCAAGAUAUAAUGUUACUUGAGUUAUAUUACCACAUUUACCUUUGUGAUUCACAAUCAUUCCUUUAUCAAAUGUACUAACUCCUGCAGUUUCUAACACCCAAAUAGUUUAUUAAAUUAACUAUAGUGUUUCCCACAUCCAUCCCAUUAUCUCCAUAGCUGUAGAAACAUUCAUAUUCGCUUUUUACAAUAGUAAACCUAUCAUUAUGAGGAUCAUUCAAUUCAGUUCUUAUUUUUGUACAUUCAUAUUUUCCCAACAUAUUUUUAUUUAUUCACUUCUGCCUUUAGUGUUACCUAAUGCCAACCUGCAUCUAUGUUACACAAAGGAAUGUAGUAUUUUCUCUGAAUACAUUGAACAUUUUAAAUUUAACACAUUCUUCAAAUGAUGCAAGUUCAGGUACUAUCAAAAGAUCAGACCAAGGUGAUUUUCUACACAAAAUACAAUUGUCCAUUCUGUGUUUGUUUGCUGUAUACUUAGCCCAUUCGUACCACUCGUUCUUCACUACUUCUUCUCGUGUGCUGUCCUUGAGUGGUUCUGAUUUUGAGAUAUCUGUCGCUUUUACAAUGUUUUUGUGUCACGUUCCUGACCUUAUUUCCUUUGUUUAGUCUUUGUUUAGUUGGUCAAGACGUGAGCUGGGUGGGUAUAUUCCAUGUUAUGUGUUUUCAUUGGUUUAGGGUUGUCUAACUAGCCUGAUAUGGUUCUCAAUCAGAGGCAGGUGUUUUACGUUGUCUCUGAUUGGGAACCAUAUUAAGUUAGGCUGUUCUCACUGUUUGUUUGUGGGUGAUUGUUCCUGUUCGUUGCGUUCUUUGUUUUCUAGAUUCACAUGUUCAGGACUGUAGCGUCGUUGGUUUCGUUUUGUUUAUUGUUUUUGUUCGUGUUGAAUAAGUGUUUGAAUAAAUAUGGAUACAUACCACGCUGCAAUUUGG